CUAAGCUUCCGGAUACCCACGGAUGAUUUAGAUUACUACAAAGCGCCUCUCAUAGGAUUAUCUAUUUCUGAUACAAAGAUACCCGUUUUUGAUACCCUCUAUGGCGCCCCUAAUAUUGGAAAGUAUUCUACGGGCGGUCUAUUGGCAAAGAAUGAUGGUGAUAUCAGAACCGCGAAAAGUUUGAAAUUAGAAGUAGAAAGGUCAAAGAUCGUGCAAAACACUUAUUUAACUGGAUCAUUAUUUGGAUACAGUAUUGCAACGGGUAAUUUAGGAGGCGUUCCCCAAGAAAGACUUAAUUUCCAUUUUGUUGUCGGCGCUCCCGGAUUCAGCAAUAAGAAUGGAGUUAUUGGGGCUUUUUCAGUGUUGCAAUUUGGGACCGCCUUUCAACAAGUCAAACAGAUUGAAGGAACGCAGGUAGGAGGUGGAUUUGGUCAAACACUCUGUAUUGCUGAUGUGAAUGGCGAUAAUAACGAUGAGAUCCUGGUCGCGGCACCAAAUUGGUUUUCUAUGGGUGACCAGGGAAAUCAAGUGAUUUAUGAUGUCGGAGUCGUUUUUGUAUAUUAUGGCACUGGAUCAUCUUCGAUAAUUGAUGACACAGCACAAGAGAUUCGAGGUUCCCUCGCACGAUUCGCGAGAUUCGGAACUGCAAUUUCUAACAUUGGUGAUAUAAACAAAGAUGGGUACAAUGAUAUAGCUAUAGGAGCUCCAUUUGAGAACAAAGAGGGGGCUGUAUACAUCUUCAGUGGAGGGAAUACUAAAUUAGAAGACAAGUACUCACAGAAAAUAGCAGGAUCCUAUGUGAAGCAAGGACUUCAGGGAUUCGGAUGGUAUAUAUCAAGAACACCAAGGGAUUUAGAUGACAAUUUGUAUAAUGAUUUUGUUGUUGGUGCAUACAGAUCAGAUACAACUGUGUUGCUUAGGACCAGAAAUAUCAUUGAUGUCAACUGUGAAAUAUCUUACACGCCAAAUCCCAUUCCUCUAAACUCAAGUAGAACUUUCUGCGAUGUUGAUUUCAAUCCCUGCUUUAAUGUCUCAAUUUGCUUCAACUUUACUGGGGAAGGAAUUAAUAAAACGAACAUUGAUUUUACCAUUACCAUUGAUGCCAAUGAGACAAGGAAGAGGGCAGAGAUGACAAAUGGCAGUCACAGAUUUGAGGAACUAACUGUCCGUGACUUCACCAUCUUUUCCUUCAAAUCAAGUUGUUAUUCCUCAGAACUUACAGUAGAGAAUAUUGAUAGAAGAUUUUUUCAAGUCAUUGAAAGACCCGUUUCUCUCAGAGUAGAUUAUAACAUAAGCAACGUUACUGUGGAUCCCGGAACUGUUAAAGCUAUUUUGAGAAGGGAUAUUUCUGCAUCAUUCUUUGGACAGGUAAAAAUUAUCCUAUCUUAUUUUAUACCUAAAGAGAUAUUUAAAGGAAAAAAGUUGUCAAAUUUCACAUCACAUUACACCAUAAACCGUCAAGUGAUUGCUCAGUGAAUCCUAAACCGAAAA